AAGUAACCCACAGCAGUUCACACACUCAAUGCUUCAUAUCGCUCUCUCUCUCUCUCACGGUCAGGUACACAAACUCACACACGUACGCACGCACCGCAUAGCUACUUCGUCAGACCAAGCCGAGGCCAGCGGGACUGUUCUCAACAUGGAAAACAAGGCUGACGUCAAGGCCAUCAUGGCUCGUUUUCAAGCCAACGCCGGGGCCGCCGAGGAGAGCUCCUCGCCGUCGCCGAGACACAAAGCGCCCCUCAACGUCACCCUCUCAUCUGGUCCCGCCGUCCCGUCCAAGAAACCCAUUUUGGAGAGUCUCUCGGACGGUAAUUUAAUUCUACCGCCCAAACCCUCGUCCUACCUUCAAAGCACAAUAAAAAGUGACGCCGAGGUGCCGGGAGCAAACAAAACUAAAGCGGCGAGCAGAUUUAACAACACCCUCGGUGAAAUGACGGAUAAAAAAGCCGCGUUUGAGAGAGGCCAGACAGCUCUGAAGUCUCGUGAAGUGCAAAGCCCCGUGCUGAAGCCCACCCCCCUAAAACCUCCUCUCGGCACGAGCCUUUCAAACCCCAAACCCCGCGGUCCGAAGCCACCUCCGGCGGGAUCCAAACCAAGUUGGGUGAAAGAAGCGAGCGGCGGAGGCUCGCCGACCGAGCCCGCCCCGCCCAAAGUGCCCCCGUUGCACCGAAAACCCAACAGCAGCAUCGUCAAGUUACGGCAACAGAACGAGCCAGACGCAGAUAAAGCGUCGCCUCCGUCAAACUUCCUGGCGGCCAAAGAGGCUUUCAACAAGCAGAAAAACAAAUCCGAGUCGGACAUCAGCGCGGAGGCGGACGCCAGACCGCCCAUCAGCGCCAACCCUGCCGUCCCCCCUCCCAAACCCCCGGCCAGUAAAAAGCCCAGCUUGAGAAUUCCGCCCAACGCCUCAAUCCAGAACACCGACGAUGAUGUUUCCCCUUCGGAACCGAAACGCAAGCCGCUUCCAAAGACGCUCACUUUGGGCCCUGCGCCCCCCAAACCCAAACGACCGCCCAAAGUAGACCUGGAAGACUUCAGAAGAGCUGCGGGGAUUUUUCACGGAAAUAACACUUCCAACAAAACAGUUCAGCCAACCGGCUCAGCCUCCGGUAACCUUGGCGCAAACCGGCCUCAGCCGCCUCGAAGUGCACUUCCAAGUCUGCCCCCGCGACCUUCGGGAACCAUCGUGCACCAGGAAGAAUCCUACGACGAUGUCGACGCGGUCAAGAUCAGCUCUUCACUUCCUCCUCCUCUACCGCCAUCUGCAGGUCAUCCAAGCCUGAAGCCAAAGGAGGAAGAACAGGACGACGACAGCGGUGAUAUGUACGAGCCUCUUGACGAUGCGUGGGACGAACACGAGAAAAGGAAAGAGAAAGAGGAGAAACGACAACUGGAGGCCGAGAAGAAGGAGCAGAAGGGGCGAGAGAAGAAAGAACAAGAGGCCAGAAAGAAAUUCAAGCUGGUGGGCCCCGUGGAAGCGAUACAUCAGGGCAAAGCUCGCGGGGACUGCAAAGGCAGUAGGACGGAGCUGGCGCUCAAGCGAGGCGACUGCCUGGAUAUCAUUCGAGUUCAAGGCAACCCGGAGGGAAAAUGGUUGGGACGAAAACAAGACGGAUCCAUUGGCUACGUGAAGACGACGUCGGUGGAGAUCGACUUCAACACUCUGAAGACGCAACAGGCUCAGCAGGGUGCCAGGUUUGACGUCUACGAUGACGUGGACGUGGCUUCGUCGGACAGCAGUGGAAUCAGUGGACAAGGAGUGUUUUUACCGCCUCCCCCAGUAGAGGAUGACGAACUCUAUAAUGACGUCAUCGAUCCGGAUUUGGAUGUGAGUCAUCAACGGCCCAGGUUGUCCGUUCCAAAGUCGCUGGGCCUCCUGAAGAUUUUUGAGCGAAACAGACGUCCAGUCAGCACUAAAGUACUUCCUCCACCCAGCCAGUUUACGGCCGAGGACAAUGCAGUUGACGACGAGCUCUACUACGACGUCGACGCCCAAAUCCAGCCGCCUCCGCCACCCAUCAGCAGCAUUCCGUCCACGAGAGGCAGAGGCAAGGCGGAAGAGACUGACCCGAAAAAGACAAAGAAGCUUGAGAAAGAAGAGAAAGACUUCAGGAAAAAGUUCAAAUAUGACGGUGAAAUCCAGGUCCUGUAUCAGGUGACCGUUAGCCCCACUGCGGUGAACAAAAAGUGGGGCAUCAAAGAGCUGGCGGUCAAAGCCGGGGAGAAACUUGACGUGAUCGUCAAGCCCACCGACAACAAAAUGAUCUGUCGCAACGAGGAGGGCAAGUUUGGUUACGUUUCAAUGUGUCAUAUUUGCAUGGACGACGGCGACAUUUAUGACGAUAUCGGCGAUGAGUGCAUCUAUGACAAUGAAUGAAGAAGACUGCAUCCUGUGUACAUACCAAGUUAUUUAAAUUGUGUUUUGGAAAUCGGCGCUUGGCCUUUUGGCAACAUUUUUCAAAAUAUAAAACACAGCAGUAUUUACACCUUUUCCAUUUUGUUUUCAAAUGUUCUCAGCUUUGUGCACACAUAACGCUUAGGCAACCUUCCCUGUAAAAUACCUUUAUACGUUUAAAUGUGUUAUGGACUCUAAAAUAAUGUAUAUAGACUCAUGUGACAUGUGUAAUCAUGUAAAAGUCAGUUUUUUCCCCCCCUGUUUAAUAAAUAUGUUUACAAAAAAAGCUA